AUCCCUUCUUCCCAAACUACGGCCAUUUUGAUCAUCAAAGCUGCAGAAAGACCCAAAACCGACAGCAACACCGAAGCAUUAUGAAGUCCUUCAUCGCCUUCUGCUCUGCAGCCUGCUUCUUUUGCCUAGCGCUCGGCCAGAGCACCGCAGGAUCGGGCACGACGUUCUGGCAAGCCGCGGUGCCGUCGAGCACCGCUCCAAGCACUUGGACUCCGAGCACGCCGGCUCCUCCUGGCCAGGCGCUGUGCGGGCAAGGGUUUACUUAUUGCGGUUAUAUCUUGAGGGAUCAUCAAAACUUCAAAGAAGAAGAUGUAGUCAAAGCCUACUGCGCCGCCUCCAGGAGUAACUGCGCCAACGGCAAAACCAAGACCGACCCUAUCCAAGCCCUCUACGUCUGCCUCCCCGCCAACGCCAACCCAAAGGAAAAGGAAAAGGCAAAAGACUCCGCCAUGUCGCCGAACCCGCACUUCGACGACGCACCCACUCCCGUACUGUCAUCCGGCAAGUCCAUCUCGGGGCUCUCCCGGUUCUUCAGCAUCCUCUCUUCGCGCACGCAUAUGAAUAUGAACCAUGCCGUUCAUGAGAACAUGGAUCAAGAUAGCACCACCGGAAAGAUGAUGCAAGCGAGACAGGCGCCAGCGUCGUCGUCGUCGUCGUCGUCAAACACGACGAAUGCAGGGAAUGAUGGUGGUAGUUGCAAUACGCUGGCUACGUCGGGGAAUAGGAUUGAGUUGUUGUGCGCCUGUAGUGGCAACUGUCUGAAUCCGGUGUCGGAUCAUAUUGGGAGGUGUGACCAGUCUUGUUAGUAAUUGGAUUCCAAGUGUCUUCGGGAGGUGGAUGGGGUGGGCGGUAAUGGUUAAUGCGGAGGUGGGCGAGUAGGGAAAAAAAAAUCACGGGAAGUAAAAAUGGUAUGUUUUCCUUAUCAAUCCAAGGUCUUUCUUGUCUAGUUGUCUCAUUAUGAGGCAGCUGUUUAUAGACUAGUCAAUCGAACUGUUAUUUCAUGCUUCGGUUCAUCAGUUUUGGAUAACGCCAGUUCGACGGUAUUAGGAAAGUAUUAACAAUCUAAUUGGGAGCGAGAAGGAU